AGGCUUGAACUUUAGUGAUGUUUUGAUUACCAUCAGGCAUUCAUCUAAAAUUGAAAGUAAUACAUUCCUGUUGUUUCAGUCAAAGGAUUUAUUCAUCUCUCUCUAUAAGGUUUUCAUUUGAGGUGGAAUCAAGCUCUCAAAUCUUGAUGGUGUUGGAUUGCAAUUGCAGGAAAGUUUUUGAAGUUCUUCUCAACAACCCACAGAUUUUUGAUAGAAUUUUUGGCGAUGAAUUCAUUUUGGAUAUUCUUGGUUCUCUUGAAUAUGAUCGUGACAUACCUCCAGUGCAAAAUCAUCUGUCUUUCUUAAAGGAGCAUGUGAUUUAUAAGGAGGCUAUCACUAUUAAAUAUCCUUUGGUAUUGUCAGAAAUUCAUCAAACCUAUCGAAUUGUUUAUAUAAAAGAUGUUAUUUUGCCAGGAGUAUUGGAUGAGGUAACUAUUGCAAGUCCCAGUGCCAUCAUUCCAGCAAAUAAUGCUACUGUUGUUUUGUUGCUAAAAGAUGAUACUUCCUUUAUUCAAGAAUUAUUUGCAAGGAUGAAAUCGCCUUCCAAAUCUGAUGAAUCAAAGAGGAACUUGGACAAAUGGGCUAAGAACUUGUACCUUGCAUCAAUGUGCUAUGGUCGUAUCUGUACCUUGAUACAUAUUUAAUUGGCUAAAACCUUCAUCAAGGUCCGACGAG